CGUUUAACAUUAACUCCAUUAGUUCACUCUCAUCUUUUUUUUUUUUUUUUACAGUUUGUCGAAUUUUCUCUUUAUAGCCAUCAAUGUCUGAAGAAGUUACUUAUGCAGAUCUAAAAUUCCAGGACUCCAGUAAGACAGAAAAUAUCCAGGAGUUUGACAAAUUUGGGAUAAAAGCACCUCCUGCUCCUUCCCAGGCAUGGCGUCAAAGGGCGUUGGCUCUGGCUCUCCUGUGCCUUCUGCUGCUGAUGGGACUGGGAGUCUCAGGAAGCAUAUUUUACAUAACUUUGAAGACAGAAAUGGGAAAAUUGAAUAAACUACAAAAUUUUAAAGAAGAACUUCAGAGAAAUAUUUCUCUACAACUGAUGCAUAACAUGAAUUGUUCUGAGACGAACAGGAACCUCUCUAUCACACUGCAGGAAAUAGCCACCAAAUUAUGUCGUGAGCUAUACGAAAAAGAACGAGAACACAAAUGUAAACCUUGCCCAAAGCAAUGGAUGUGGCAUGAGGACAGCUGCUACGGACUACUCAGAGAUUACGAACCAUGGCAAAGGAGUAAAAUGAUAUGUUCUUCUCACAAUGCCAGCCUGUUGAAGAUUAAGAACAAAGGUGUAUUGGAAUUUAUAAAAUCCCUCAGUUUACAAGAUUAUUGGUUGGGAUUAUCUCCCAGAAAAUAUUCCAGAAACUACCUGAAAUUGGAUGAGACAAUUAUCUCCUCUGACUGGUUUAUAAGAAACACAAAUGACUUAAAUUAUAGGAUAUAUUGUGGAUAUAUAGAUAGAACAUAUGUUUAUUUUACUGACUGCACUGAGCAAAGAAGGAUUAUAUGUGAGAAGUUGGCUAAUCCAGUGAAGAUUGAGAGUACACUAAUGAGUGAAGUACCAGAUGGAAGAAUGUAGUCGGUGCAAUUAUUUUGCCUCAGUUAUUAUCCUGCAAUUAAAGGCAACUUCAGAGAGCAUAUAUCUUGUGGACUACAUGAUGGAAUAAAGAUGCUGUGAGACUAAA